AUGGAUGCGGUGGUGUUGGUGGCGAUAGUGGCGCUGUGUCGCGGCCUCGGCGUGGCGGCCUCGGCCCUCGACCUAGGAGCUCCUCCCCUCGCCACCGUUGAGGACAACAACUUACCCUCAGAGAUUGACAGACAGCCGCAUCCCACCACUGAGCUUGUCAUGCAGAUGCUGUCAAAGAGGUGCGCCCACCACUAUUCUUUGCCAUGUCUCAAGCUGGACCUAGUGCGGCUGGUUGACCGCCUAUCGGGCACCCCUGACAGCAUCCAACUACUGCCUGGAGUAUCUGUGAGGUCCAACAACACCACGAGCCCAGACUCCGAGCAGUUUCCCGCCGACUUAGCCCAGGCCCUCGCUCGCGACUCUGCCGACCGCUCCCUGGACGACUUCCUGGUCACCAAGCUGAGCCGCUACCUUACCUCUCUGACCCUGAGUGUCCAGCUGGCCGAGACCCGAGGACUCCCCACCACCGAGGAGGGAAGACGUCGCAAGACUGGCCUGGGUGGGCUGAUGACAGCGGGAUUGUUCUCGGGCGGCACACUGAUGGCUGUGGGGAUGUCAGCACUAGCAGCGCUGGCUGGGAAGGCGCUCAUGACAGCGCUUCUGUCACUCAUGCUGUCAGCCCUGGCAGCCAUGAGAGGAGGCGGAAGCAGCGGUGGCAGUAGCAAGACUACCUAUGAGAUCGUCGCAAAACCCAUAGUGACACACGCUCACACCCACAGCAGCGAGGUGCAGCACGAGGUACAUGGCGGACACCAUCACGCCUACGCCUAUGCCAGGAGCCUAGACUUCGCCCCCGUGUUACCCGCAGGUUCCUCCAACAGUGGAGACUCUCUGACCCUCGCCUACAGAGCAUACCAGCCGUCCUCCACACAAGGGCCUAUUGAGGCCAAAGACUAGAUGUUCAGUAUAGAGGGAGGGACUGUGAGAGAAUGGUUACUGAAACUCCUGCCCAAUGAAGGACCUCUGGUUAUAGCAACCGCUAGUUCGUUUUCUGUGAUAUUUGCUUGUCUUAGUAUUUAUUUUCCUUUAAAUAUUUUAGAUUUGAUUUUCCAUAUCAAAUCAGUAGGUUCAAACAUUGUUA